AUAAUUAUUAAAAUUACUUAAAUGUUUGCGUAAUAAACAAUCUAAUGGAAGAUGCGUGUUUUAGAUGCUUGAAGAUGGGAAAUAGAAACAGUACAAAAAGAGAAAGACAACAUUUAAACAUUGAUAAGAGUGCGGCAUUGUUUACGUGUCCAUUUUGUAAACAGAAACAGUCAUGCUAUGUUAAAAUCAAUCGCGAAAAGAACAUUGGAAGAAUUAAAUGCAAUAAGUGUAAACGCAACGCUUUUACCAGCAUGACUUAUUUGACGACACCGGUGGAAGUUUUUAUGAAAUGCGAAGAAAAGAUACGAACUGCUGCUAAUUAAUAGAGAGAACGAAAGAGGAAGAAUAUUGGUCCGGAAAAGUUUUAUCCAUUUUAUAAUCUACGUUCAAUAUAAUGAUAGUUCAACAUUUUUUAUUGUGUAUGUAUGUUUAUAUGUAAAUUGUUUAUGACACUUUUUUCGACAUCUCUGAUACUUAUUUUUAUUGAUAAUUGAUUUAUUUGAUAAUUUAAAACCGUAACUUGAAUAUAAUUAUAUUUCAGAAUAAGCACUCACUCUACGUAACGAUAAUCGGAAUCAGGAUAUUGAUAUGUAACAAUGAUAUCGACGAUAUUAUCUUUUUUAAACAAAAAGUAGAAUAAA